AUGAUUGAAAAGGGUAUAUUUCUGUUCAAGUUCAAUUCUAAAGAUAAAAUGGAUGAAAUUCUUGUUGCUGGGCCUUGGAGUUAUUAUAGUUUUCCUCUGAUUCUCCAACCUUGGUUGCCGGAGGUGGAUAUUGACCCGAACAAAAUCUCAAGUUUUUCGAUUUGGGUACAGCUACCAUUACUAAAAAUACAUCUCUGGUCUCAAUCUGUUCUGAGCAAAAUUGCAAGUGUGAUUGGGAAACCGAUCUGCACAGAUGGGAUAACAGCAGUAAAGGGAAGACUAAGCUAUGCCCGAAUCUGUGUUGAAAUUAAUCCCCACUCUGAGCUACCUGAUAUGAUCAAAUUGAAGGGCCCGGGUGGAGUCGCAAUUACACAGAAAGUGGAAUAUGAAUGGGUUCCGUCGAGAUGUACCUAUUGUGAGUGUUUCGGGCAUUCAAUAGAGAAAUGCAGAAAGCCUAAACCAGUAUGGCUCCCUAAAGAACCAAAGGAAAUCAUACUUUUAGAGAAUGAUUCGUCCCAUGAUAAUACCGAGAUCCACCAGAGAAAUGAGAGGCUACGUGAUGUAAAUGAGGCCAACCAAGUCUCACCGAAAUCUCAACUAGAAGCUAAUCCAGCAUCGGUACCUAAGGGGAAGGGGAAUGCUAAGCUCAUUGGUAAGCUGUCAGUACUCUCAGAUGAGCCAGUGACUAAGAUAAGCAUAACACCAAUUCCUCUUCUUCAGAAAGGAACUGUUGAAGAAACCAUCGGUUAG